AUGAUCGAAGACUUUAUGUCCUUUUUCUCGAUCGCGACUGCUACAUUUUUCCAUUUUAGAGAGAUGGGUUUCACAAAGAAGCAAGGUGCCCUUGUUCCGGAGGCAAUGAACCUGAAAGACAUGGGCACAUGGGUCAAUUUCUGUACGGAUGUUCGCAAGAACAGUGCCAAGUAUAAUCCUGGAGACCUUGUUGGGCCUCUUAAACAAUUUGCCGACCCUAUGCUUACUCACAUGAAACGAACUAUGCCUUUGCUUGAUGCUGCAUUGCUGAAACAGUACAUCCAACCAGAUAUGCUCAAGAGCUUUGAAACACAGUUAGAGGCCAGACGAGAAACGAUUGCCUUCCCUUUUCAGCAGCCCCACUCUUAA